AUGACAGACCUUACACCAGCAGUCAAUGACCUGCUCAGGGCUCGUGGCAGCUCUCUUCUCUCCGGCGAGACGAGUAGUCCCUCCGGCGCCCAGGUGGACGAGUUCCUGAAGGAGGCACAUAGAAUCAACGUCCAUAUAUCGUCUCUCCUGGCAUAUCUCAAGUCCAUACGAACAGUAUAUCUAUCCACCGUACCCGCCAGACCAUCCGGCCACACGCAAAAUACAGACUUCAAUCUGCUCAACCCGUCGUCAAGCUCGAUAUCAACCCACCUGACCGACCCCGAACGAGACUCAAUAGACUCUUCCACUGCGUCCUUACUCCAAGAUCUAUCCCGCUCGAUAGGAAAUCUUGCAUCAGCUGAAUCGCUACGUGCCCAAACCCAGGCGUCUGUGUUGCGCAAGAAAUUCGGUCAUGGCAAGCUAAAUGAGCGGCUCUGGCAGUGGGCUGGGGGCGGGGGAGCAGUGGAUGUGCCUCGGUCAUCAGAGCAGGAAGAAGUAGAAGAUACAGAGAAGAAUCUCGUUGGCAUGCGUGAGAGUGUUCUCUGGUUUCUCAGGCGGGGGCUAGAGGGUGCUGCGGAGGUGCAGAGGGAGAUGGUGGAGAAGAGAAUCGAGAGGGUCAGAGAGAAGGAGAAGAGUGUGCUGUAUAAGUCUAAAGCUGGUCAGAUGCCUAUUCAUACGCAGGUCGAGGGCAGUAGUGGUGGAAUUAGUGGUGGAAGUGGACGAUAUGAUGGUGGAGACGAAGAUGUGUUACGCGGCAGAGAUGUUUCUCUUGACGAGAAGGAGGCUGCGGCUAUUGAAUCGCAGCUUUCACCGGAGCAGCUGCAACUGUUUGCGCAGGAGAAUGACGGCAUGCUGAAAUAUUAUGAAGAUACUCUCGGCAAGGUCCAAAAUGCGGAGAAAUCGUUGCUGGAGAUAUCUUCUCUGCAGCAGACGCUGGUGGCUCACUUAGCUACGCAGGAAGACUAUAUCAACCAGCUGGUCCGGGACGCUGAAUCGACGCACGCCAACGUCGGGCGAGGCAACAAGGAGCUGAAGCGAGCGAGCGAGCGACGCAGCGAGGCCCAGAUGGUCUUCUGGGCUACCGUCGUCCUUUGCGUCUGGCUGAUCUUGUGGGAUGCCAUUUUCUAG